CCCUUCAUUUUUAGCGCCGACAUUUCGCAUUCCGUUUUAAGUGACAUGGAGACCAUACAACAAGCUCCGGGACCUAAAAAUUCCAAUAACUCAUCAACGACUCUCAACAAGUUGUCGGCGUUCGAUAAUGAUAGUUUCUUCAAUGACUACUCGACUAGCAUGUACAGUGGUAGCGGCAGUAAUAAUGGUGGUGCUGGAACUAGUGGCAGCAGUAAAAUCGAUAAACAUGAAUUGGAAAUGAUGGGUUUUGAGACCAUUGAACCCAUUGGCUCAACACACUCCAAUAUAACAUCAAUGUUUGGUGGUGCUGGUGGUGAUGGUGCCGAAGCCACGAAACCAAAACCCAAGACAACACUGCCUUCUUCCACCAGCUAUGAUAGUAGUUAUUCGCGCAAGACGAGCUCAUCGCAACAGAAAAGCUCAAAUAAUUAUGAAGAUAAUGCGGCUCAAAAGAAAUUCGGUAGUGCUAAAGGUUUCGGUUCAGAUCAAUACUUUUCGGACAGUCAAUCACAACCGGAUAUAAGUGCAAAUUUAUCUAGAUUCCAGGGUUCAAGAGCCAUAUCGUCUUCGGAUUACUUUGGCGAUGGUAGCAGUCAACAACAAGGCUCUAUAGGUUACAAUACUGCAGUUGCCAAUUUCCAAACUCCUGAUUUAGAUGAUGUUAAGGAAAGUGUACGCCAGGGUGUUCAUAAAGUAGCUGGACGUUUGAGCUCUUUGGCCAAUGAUGUUAUGUCUUCUUUACAAGAUAAAUAUGGUUACUGAUAGUGUUUGCUUUUGUUGUUUUCUUAUAGACAUUUCCGUUUCUUUUACUAAUUAAUCUACUUUAAACAAAUUUCCAUUUUACUCUCUCGUUUUUCGUCUUUUUUCCAAAAACAAAAAAAAAAAAAUUAAUUCAUUUAAGAUUAUUUUCUUUUUGGUAUUUAGUAGAAAAAUUAUUAUUUUAAAAUAUGUUUUUUAAAAUUAUUUUAAAUAAAGUUUUAAUUUUUAACGCUGUUUAUGGCAAAUAUUCAGA